UUUUCACAGCUUAUACAUGGUGGUGAAACAGCUGGGAUGUUAAUGAGCAGCACAUUUCAGGCAGAAACCUGAGACAUGCGGUAUUUGGUUGUGUGUUCUAGUCUUUAUGAUGCAGUUCACAGCACUAACAGCAUCAGAGAGCACAGCUCCCUGCCAACACUAAGCCAACAGUCAGGUGUCAGUGGGCAGUGAGUAAGUACUGAGACACAGAUAGCCAUGAAAAAUUAACACUGGACAGGUUUACUCCGUGUUAUGUUUCUCCUUGUUUCAGUUAAACUUGGUUGACUGCUAGAAUUGUUGCUGUGGAGCAUACUUAACUCACGUUCCCUUGUCCCCUGUUCCCCAUUCCCCCCAGUCAGUACUACCCGUAGUGUAAAUGGAGGAUGAAACUACUCAUGACCUCGCUGACAAAGGUGUCUGUCAGGUUUCAGUAACUACUUUGUGCUUCUAAGGAAUGGACCAGUGGCUACCUGAGUUCAUAGUAUCUCAACUUGAAGACAAGAAUGUUGCUGUUCAAGCAGAAGACGGAGAACAAGAAAUUACACAGAAUGAAGAUGAAAAUAUUGAUAAUGUACGAGUAAAAGAGUCAGUACAUGACAGACUUUGAAAGAAAUGUGGCUCCUACUGGUAAAUCAAACAAGAAUGUCAUACAGAGUAAGAAUGCUGAUGUUUGGAUCCAGUCUCUGCAGCUGCACUUACCCUUGUACAGUCCUCACCAGUUUAUCUUACCUCAAGGACUUUGGAGAAGGCUAUAAUAUUCCAUAAAUUUAUGAGGAAGCUAUGAUUCGGUCAACCUCCUGAUAAAACAGUGAUCUCCAGGUAGGAGAUAUGAUGGUUGUUGGGGAAAUAUUUCGCUCCAACUCUAGGUGGACCAGCUGGCAGUCCAUUCUGCUCAUUAUCCUUGGUAUGUUGAAUCUAGGAUUCAUCUGGGGCUGCCCUUCAAAGUGUGAAUGCUCUACCAAAAACAAAACAGCCAUCUGCAAGCAAAAACGCUUAAUGGGUCUCCCAGAUGGAAUCCCCAAAGAUACCUUGAUUCUAGACCUUAGCAAAAAUCGACUGAAGUCAUUGAGCCAGAAUGUAUUCGCUGGUCUACAGCAGCUUCAAGAGCUUGAGUUAAGUGAAAACAUCAUUUCCUACAUUGAGCCAGGAACUUUUACAUAUCUCACAGACUUGUGGACUUUGAAACUGAGGAGCAACAAGAUGAAAAUUAUUCCUGCAGGGGCUUUUGAAGGGCUACUUAAUCUUAAGUUUCUGGAUAUUAGUCAGAAUGAGAUUGUGGUCUUUCUAGAUCAUACAUUUAAGGACCUCACGAACCUCAGAACUCUAGAAGCAGGGGACAAUGACUUAGUUUUUAUAUCCAAUCAAGCUUUUGCUGGCCUACACAACUUGCAAUGGUUGACUAUGGAGAAGUGUAACCUGACAAAUAUCCCCACACAAGCUUUAUCACAGCUUUACAGUCUUGUAGUUCUCAAAUUAAGGAAAAUCAAUAUUAGUCUUAUUCAAGACUUUGCUUUUAAGGGCCUCUACUCUUUAAAGGUCCUCAGGCUUGACCAGUGGUCUUCUUUAGAUACAUUUGCACCCAACAGCCUUUAUGGACUGAAUCUGACUUCCCUGUUCAUUACAAACUGCAAUCUUAGCUCUGUCCCUUACAGACCUUUAAAGCACCUAGUUUAUCUAAUGUAUCUGGAUCUAUCCUACAAUCCAAUUACCAUGAUUUAUGGAAACAUGCUAAGUGACCUUUUGCGUCUUCGGGAGUUUCAUCUGGUUGGUGGGAAGCUGGUAACUGUUUCUUUUAAUGCCUUUCGUGGUCUCACCUACUUUCGUCUUCUCAAUGUUUCUGAUAAUUUCCUGACAACUUUAGAAGAAGGUGCCUUCCAUUCUGUUGGAAAUCUGGAGACCCUGAGAUUGGAUGGAAACCCCUUGUCAUGUGAUUGUAGACUGCUGUGGAUAAUUCGAAGGAGAAGGAGGUUAAACUUUGAUGGAAAACAACCAUCUUGCAACUCACCAGCAAAUGUACAAGGUAAGAUGUUCAAAGACUUUGCAGACAUUGUUUUACCACCUCAGUUUACCUGCCAGAAGCCAAGGAUCAGAAAUAAAACCUAUCGUCAAGUAACAACUAGGGAAGGGGAGACAGUGACCUUUAGUUGUAUUGCUGAUGGAAAUCCAGUACCUGAAAUUUUUUGGAUGUCACCCAAAAAGACUCUGUUAAGUGCAACCAGCAGUGGAAGGUUCUGGGUACUCCGGGAUGGAACACUUCAGAUCCGUUACGCUCAGAUCCAAGACAGUGGGAUGUAUCUCUGCAUUGCAAACAAUGCGGGGGGCAAUGACUCUGCUCAGGUACUCCUUAAAGUUGCCGACUUUUCAUUAUACUAUGGUAACAGGACUUUUGGAAAUGGAACUUAUUCACUUGGGCCCUUUCCCUUUGAUGCCAAGACCCUAAUUAUAGCCAUAUGCAUGGGUUUUGUAUCUUUUUCAGCCUCUGUCUUUUUGUGUUUCAUUUUCAUAUUCUGUUGGAGCAGAGGCAAAGGCAAGAUCAAACACAGUGUAAAUAUCCAAUAUGUGCCUCACGGUACCAACAUGUAUUAUGAGGAGACAGAGGACAACAAGUUUACAAUGAAACUGAUAUAAGCAGAACAUUGACUGGGAUGAAUGACUACAGAAGAAUUAAACUAUCACCUAAUGUGAAUAACAGAUGCAUUUGCCUCAUUAAAGCAUGUCCACAGCAUAGUCAUAGCACUUUAUAGAAUUUUAAGCAGAUGCCUUGUCAUUGUUUUCUGUUAAGGUACAUCAUAUUUAAACUCAGGUGAAAACUGCUGCGGUUGUACCCUUCCUGUAGGAUAGUAUUUAGGCAUGCAAUAUCUCUCAAUGAAAAGUCGAGAUUAUUAAUCAGUAAUGGACUCUGAGAAUGGUUUGGGAUUUAAUCUGUGAAGCCAAAUUAUGCUAUUAUUUGGCUUGCAGCUGUUGUACAAAUAUUAGGCAGCUAAUAACUUUGACUGUAUCAAAUCUGAUAGCUUUGCCUCUUUGUAUGCAAUUCCCCAAAUGUCUCCUGUACAGGAUCCUUAAAGAAGGUGCCUUUAACAUUCCUAUAAAACUUUUAGAAACCACAUCUCACAUGAUAACUUAUUCAAAACAGUGAUGCAUGUAAAACUGUAAAUAAAAAAGCAAAUUAAAAUAAAAUAUAAUCUCAAACAGGCAAAUCCUUA